AUGACAAACAACGGUCUCACAAAAGAAAUACCAACACCGACAGGAAUAAGGCAAACAGAUUCCGUGAGUCCCCAAUUAUUCAAUAUAAUAAUGGACGAAAUAAUAGAAGAUUUGAAGAAUGCAGCAAGAGGAUACAAGCUAACAACCGGUGAAAUAAAGAUAAUCUGCUACGCCGACGAUGCAGACAGAACUGGGGAAAUUAAAGACCAAGCAAAUAAGGCGGCAAGAAUAUCGAGUGCUCUUAGAGACAUUGUGUGGAACAACAAACACAUGCGCAAUCAAACCAAGAUCAGAAUAUAUAAAACUAUUGUGAGACCAAUUAUGACAUACGGUAUCGAAACGAGAGCCGAUACUAAAGUAAUGAGGAACGCACUGCGAACUGCCGAGAUGAAAGUGCUCAGAAACGUCCUAGGCCUCACAUUACGAGAAAAAAGAAGAAAUGAGGAUAUUCGCAGCGAAUGUGAAGUUCCGGAAUUAGUCCGAUGGGGUCGCAGUAGGCGAAGAUUAUGGAAUGCCCACGUGGAAAGAAUGGGCGAUGGAAGAAUUGCGAAGAUUGUGAGAGACGGAACACCGGGAACACGCAGACCGUUGGGGAGACCACCAAAACGCUGGAGAGACUCGUGGACUUCGAUCUCACAGGAGGCAUAA